CGGCCCUCUUACUUCACCAGCGCUCGAGGGAGGAAGCGGCGAACUGAGCUGAGCGCGCGGCGCACUUCGUGUCGCAUGAAAUGCAUAGCUCCGGGGGAGGGCGAGCCAGCGCGCGCGUUAUCGGAGCGCAUGAGCGAGUGGGAUGAAGGAGGCUGGAGAUCAACGGGCUCACUCUCGCGCUUGGCUUUGAUAGAAGACUCUUCGCCUGAAGAAAGAAAGGAAAGGAAACACCGACAGAUCCCCUUCAGUCAUGGGGAGGAAAGGAGCAGCGCGGGGCGACGAGGAGUUCAGCUUCGUCAGCCCGGUCGUGAAGUACAUGCUCUUCUGCUUUAACAUGAUCUUCUGGAUGAUCUCGCUGUUGCUGAUAUCCAUCGGUGUGUACGCCAGGGUAACUAAACAUGAGACAGCUUUGGCCUGUUUGACGGUGGACCCCUCCAUCUUGCUGAUGAUUGUUGGAGUUCUCAUGUUCUUCAUCACUUUCUGUGGCUGCGUGGGCUCUCUCAGAGAAAACAUCUGUCUUCUGCAGACGUUCUGCAUCUGCUUGACGAUCAUAUUUCUGCUGCAGCUGGCUGCUGGAAUUUUGGGCUUUGUCUUCUCAGACAAGGUUCGCCAUAAAGUGACAGAAAUGAUUAACAAUGCAAUCGUGCAUUACAGAGAUGACCUGGACCUGCAAAACCUCAUUGACUAUGGACAAAAAGAGUUUGCCUGCUGUGGUGGCUUGUCUUACAUGGACUGGUCAAAGAACAUAUAUUUUAACUGCACUGACGACAACCCGAGCAGAGAGCGCUGUUCUGUGCCCUUCUCCUGCUGUCUGAUCUCUAAAGACGAGAGAGUUAUAAACACCAUGUGUGGGCACAUGAUGCAGGACUUAGAUCACAAUAAAGCCAGUGCCUUCAUCAACACCAACGGCUGCAUUGACAAGCUAGUCAACUGGAUCCACAGCAACCUGUUUCUGCUGGGGGGUAUAGCACUGGGCCUGGCCAUCCCUCAGCUGGUGGGGAUUCUGCUCUCCCAGGUCCUAAUUAACCAGAUCCAGGAUCAGAUUAAACUCCAGGAUUACAACGUGCAGCACCGCUCAGACCCGUGGAGCUGAGCCUGCAGAACCACUGAAGACUUCUGGAGCAAAGCACAGCUACAUCUAUAGACACAGAGCUGGUACCUCAUCAACCUCAACCCACUGUGCUGUCAGCUUCAGAUAAAUACAUACACUAUAUUGCCAAACGUAUUCGCUCGUCUGCCUUCACACACAUAUGAACUUGAGUGACAUCCCAUUCUUAAUUCAUAGGGUUUAAUAUGAUGUUGGCUCAC